AUGCAGUACAAUCCCGCCUCGCUGUUCGGAUGGAUUCCUGUCCUCCCUACAACCUUCCGCUCGUAUGCAGUAGGUCACCGUUUGGGUCGCCACUUUCUACGUCUUGCUGCUUUUGGGGAAAGCUGCGAUUUGGGAGGCUGUCCCCAGAAGCACCUCUUCCCUCCCCCUCCUCCGUCUCAGAGCCCUCCGGAAGCUCGGCCCACGCCUGCUCCUAGCCUGCACUUUGUUCUCGCAGUGAUCUCGCAGGUUGGGAAGGCUUCAAGAAAAAAAAAAAGCAGGCAGCGAUCUGAAGAUGUUGCAGAUGGCCGGGGCUGUCGGCUGCACGUGCAUCUGAACGCUACUGGUUCUGGGCCACGCUGCAAGCUCUGCAGAUCCGCAAGCAAGGCCGAGAAAAACACUUCCCUCUCGGCUGCAGCUUUAGCUUAA